AUGUAUCGGUGUAUCGAUGUUCACCCGGAAGACGCCCAAUAUCAGCGGAUUUUAUGGCGGGCGGCGGAUGGGUCCAUCAACGUUUAUGCGUUGACAACGCUAACCUUCGGAACGGCUUCGGCACCCUUCAUGGCGAUCAGAGUCAUUCAACAAUUAGCGAAGGAUGAGCGGUGUUCGUUUCCUAAGGCGGAAGAAGUAUUAAGGGACGAGAUCUACGUGGACGACAUUCUUUCCGGUGGGCAUACGAUAGAAGAUGCGGAGGAUAAACGGGCCCAGGUAUCGGGUGCUAUAAAAUCCGCUUGCAUGGAGUUGCGGAAAUGGUCCAGCAACGAAGAGAGCCUUUUGCAAUCGAUUCCCCCAGAGCAUCAAUGCAGUCGGACACCUCUGAACUGGGACGCUGCGGUUCCGAUCAAGGCGUUAGGAAUGUAUUGGCUCCCCAAUAAGGACUGCUUCAAAUUUCAGGUCAAUUUUGAGAUACCACCUACUUUCACUAAGAGGACGAUCCUGUCGAGCAUAGCGAGGCUGUUCGACCCGCUAGGUCUCAUCGCGCCAGUCAUCAUCUCGGGAAAGUUAAUAUUGAAGGAGGUAACCAUGGCUAAGAAAACGCAGGACAACGGCGCUAGGACGGCUCUGGAUUGGGACGACGAGGUUCCUAAGGCUCUUGCGGAAAGGUGGCAAGCAUUUCGGGACGGCUUGCUGGGGAUAGACGGCCUGAGCAUACAGCGGUGGAUUCAUUAUUCCCCAGGAUCCAUAGUAUCAGCUCAGCUGCACGCGUUUUGUGACGGAUCUUCCACGUCCUAUGCAGCUACUACUUAUCUAAGGCUCGAGCACGGGAAUGGAGCGUGCUACGUCUCGCUGUUGGCCGCAAAAUCAAAGGUUACCCCUACUAAACCCCUAACCAUACCAAGAACGGAGCUGAGUGGUGCAGUGCUAGCCGUCAAGUUGGUGAAAUGGCUUACAUCGGCUAGGUGGCUAAAUGACCUUCCCAUCCAGACCUUUUAUUGGACGGAUGCCACGAUUCUUCUUCAUUGGCUGCACGGGGACGUCAAUAGAUGGAAGACGUUCGUUGCCAACAGGGUCGCCUUCAUUCUGGACCACUCGUCGCCAUCGCAAUGGAGACAUGUAGGUACUAGCGAGAAUCCAGCGGACUGUGCGACAAGAGGGCUUCCUCCGAGCGAGCUAAAGGAUUUUGAUUUGUGGUGGCGAGGCCCGGAGUGGCUUACACGCAAGCAAGAUGACUGGCCUUCGACGGAGAUCGGGCAGGUCGACAUAUACGAUGCCGCGCUGGAGGCAAAGGCGGACAAGGUACGCGUUCACCUGGCAGUUCCGCAACCAUCGUUGGUUGAGAGGUUUUCCAAUUUCAGCCAGGCCAUAAGAGUCACAGCAUUUAUAAUUCGGUUCAAAAGCAAUGCUAUUAGCAAAGGAGAGAGGUGUACCGGUCCCCUAAGCAUUAAGGAGCUCGACUAUGCUUUACUCGCCAUCGUGCGCAUUGUUCAAAGGGAGUCCUUCUCGUCUUAG